AUGAAGUAAUCCAAACACUUUUAAGAUUGUGAAAAAGCAAUGAAAGAUUGGUAAGAAUGGGCAGAGAACUAACAAAUGUAAUUUCAUAUUUAUAAUUUUAGACUAAAUCCAGAAGAACUACCUCCUCUACAGUUUACUCCUUAAGAUCAAAAAAACAAAAGCGCUUUCAAAUUGUUUAAGAUUGAUCAUAUUGUCGAAGUCAAAAAGUAGCAUCCAGAGUUUGGCUUCAAGGAGAGAUUAGAAACACUCAAACACAUGUGGCGGAAUCUCACAAAAGAUGAAAAGUUCAUAUAUGUUUAGAAAAGUAAACAAUUGAAAUUUUGA